UCGUGUCUCCAACCACGUCUUUUUGCUCUUUCACGCAUUCAACCACAUCCUCCGCACUCAACCAUGCCCGCCCGCUCGGGCACGUCUUCGUCCAGCAUGCACACCAGCACCUCCUUCAGCUCCAGCCUCGCCGGCAGCUCCCCGUCGCGCCAAUCGCCCUCCAGACACGUCCGCUCGCCCCGGGGCUCGCUGAUCCAGGACCCCUAUGACAGCCCGUCGCGCCAGCUGGCCCUCGAGUUCAACCUGCGCCUCAGCAUCUCCGACCGCGACUUCAAUGCCCGCCUCGACCAGGCCGCCGCCGAGCGUGCAAAGGUCCACGAGGAGCAGCUCGCCAAGGCCGCCCAUGAACACCAGCGGGUCUUGAGAGGCGCCGAGCUGGAGCUGCAGCGCAUAGCCCUGGAAGAGGAGCAAGCCAAGCUGCGACGGGCCGACGCGCAGCAGAAAGAAGUCGACCGCCUGCAGCAGGAAAAGGCCCACCACGAGGCCCACGUGCGCCGACAGCAGCUCGAGGCCAAACAGCGCGAGGAAGAGGCCGCGCGACAGGCUGCCGAGCACCAGAAGAGGCUGCACGAGGCCGAGGCCCGUCUCAGGGCCCAGAAGGACCAGGAGGCAGCCGCCGAGAGGCAGAGGAGAGAGAAGGAAAACACGGACCGGCAGGCGAAAGAGACUGCAGCCGCUGCAGAGCACGCCCGCGCCCAGCAGGCUGUCCAACACCAGCAACAACAACAGCAGCAGCCACCAACACAGGUGGUGUCUGCAGUUGCGCCCACGCCCGUCGCCCCGUCAGCACCCCCAGCAAGCACCCCGGCCUCAGCAAGCAGCAUCAACACAAUCCACGCCAAGUACCUCGAACUGCACACCCGCAUGAAAGCAUUUCGCGUAGCAUUCCAGGACAAGCACAAGCAAAAGGGCCAGCCGCUCAAAGAAGCCGUCGGCAAUGCGCGACGCAACAUCCGCCUGCGUCUGGGCCAGAUCACCACCGACCGAAAGGACAGCGUCGCGGCCAUCAAGAGGCUGCGCGAAGAGUGCUUCAACGUGGCCCUCGAGACCCCCGGCCCCAUGAUCGACAUCCGACACUUCAUCGUCUCGCACGAAAUCCCCCCUCUCGCGAACGAGGCAGAAGCGCAAUACCCAGCCUUCCUCCUCUACGUCUGGAUCUGCUUCGAAAAGUCGGUCCUCAAGCAAUUCGAAAAAGAAGCCGCCAACGAGGACGGCCGCAUCAUCCAGGAAAUCGGCUUGAUAGCCGCCAGCCUGCUCGGCGACCAGCGCUACAUGUGGAAAGGCCUCCCCCUCACCGACAUCAUUCUCGCUAAAUUCCACCGCCUCUGCCCCAUCCUCUUCGGCAUCCGCGGCACAAUGGACACAGCAGAAGGCCGCCUACGCUUAGGAUGGAUGCCCAUCGACAAAUCCCCCGCCACAACAGAAAACUACAGCCAACGCAUGCGCGGCCUCGGCGCCGGCUACGCCUCGCUCUCCCUGCGCUCCUUUGCCGCAAAGGCCCCCGCCGUCCCUAUAUCGGAGUACUGGCGCGCCAUCGUCUCCAUAUGCAACACGCGCGCUGAGGACCUCUGGCCGGGACACUUCGCCCUCCUCGGCGGCCUCAUCAGAGACUACUACAAGAAAUUCUUCCAGUUCUACGGCGUCCAGGCCCGUGGCGUCUUGCGCCGCGCUACGGUUGAUCUGCCUGCUCGCGCGCCGGAUCGCUGCAAGGACGCUGCGGGUACGGUUGCUGUUUUGCCUGUUGGCUGGAAAAAAGAUGGCAUCUCCCUGGAUUGAAGGGGGUGGGGUGUGUAUUGUAUGCGUAUAUGGGGGUUUUUGCGGUGCGCUGUUGGGCCCCGUGUGUCUGGCCGAGGGUCUUUCUUUUUCUUUUGGUGGAUCUACGUUUUCGUGUCUUACAACGUUAAAACUCGCAUGGGUCGGCGUUUUGUCUGCAUCUCUGCAUGC